AUGGCACUUAUAAAUAUUACAAAUAUUGUUUUCGACCAAAGCACUGCACUGUUCAAUACUCCAAUCUAAAUGCAAAUCACUUUUGAAGUGCUUAGGCAAUUAGAUUAAGAAAUUGAUUGGAAACUUAUUUACAUUGGGUCUCCUAAUAAUGAUAAGCAUGAUCAAGUGUUGGAGCAAUUUUCAAUGCCUCCUCUUUAACAAGGGACCAUGUAGUUUACAUUAAUGACUGCAGGUCCAAAAUUAGAGUUAAUUCCAAGCAAAGAAGAUUUAUUUGGCGCGACAGCAAUAAUAUUAAGUGUAAGAUAUAGAAACCAUGAAUUCUUCAGAGUUGGGUAUUAUGUUUAUAAUUCGUAUUUGGACCCUGAUUUGAUUGAGAAUGAUCCAUCUUGUGUUAUAAUUGAUAAAGUUUAUAGAUAAAUUAAUGUUUAAACUCCAAGGAUUACAAGAACUAAUAUUGACUGGGAAGGAUAAAUGGUACAACUCUAUGUUAACCCACUCUAAUCCAAUAAUUAGUUUAUGUUCUAAUAAUAACCAAUAUUCAAUGAUAUUACAAAUAAUCAUUAAGACUUCUAGCAAUAAUGUUAAGAGAAAUAAAAUUAACUGUAAUAACUUUAACCAAAUAACAAACCAUUAUAUAAUAAUACAUAAGGGCCGAGUUUUCAGAGCAUUUUUUGA